AUGACAAACAAUAAUAUCCAAAAUAACUUUUUUAAUCAUAAUAAAACAUAAUAACAAAUAAUAAACAAUCUUAAUGGUGAAAUUAUGAGUUAUGAUUUAGACUAUAACCAAACAUAAUCUCUUUUACUAAUUCAAGCCAUUUAUGAGUAAAAUGAAAUAUAAAACUAUUAAUAAUCUUAAGAUUUUCAAAAUCAAAACUUUUCUCUUGAUUUAAGCUUUGAGGAUUAUAAAUCAUUUAGUGAGUUCCCAAGCCUAUGUGAAAUAGAAUAAAACCAAAAAAUUGAAGAUGAUGAAGAAAUGUUUUAUAUUUGCAGUAAGGAUGAUCUUUAUGAAAUAAAUAACUUAAUACCAUUUGAUGAAUUGAAAUACUAAUUAACUCAUAUAUAAAAUGAUAUUAUUGCUCAAAGAAAAGGUGAACUUAUAAACUAAUAAAAUUAAUAAUAAAAAAUAACAAAUAAUCCCUACAUUUAAUUUGAAUAAUAUAAGAUAGAAGAAUAACUUAAAAAUGUAAAUCAUUUUUGA